UGGUGGAGAGUAUUGGAGUAUGGUAUAUGACGCUACGGAAGUUUAUGAAUUUGUUGAACGAUCAGCUGUGUUUUGGAACAUUUUUGUAAUUCGCAUUGAGAAAAAAAAGGAAACAGAUUGUUGAUUCGGUAGAGUAUUUUAUAGAUUCUAUAAAAAAUGACAACAGCUGCAAGACCCACCUUCGAACCUGCUAGAGGAGGACAAGGUCGUGGUGAAAAGGAUUUAAGUGCAAUAUCAAAACAAUACAGUAGUAGAGACUUACCGUCUCAUACGAAAUUAAAAUACAGAGAACAUGGGCAAGGAACAGUUGAUGAAUUGCGAAACCGUGAUUUCCGCAAGGAAUUAGAAGAACGUGAACGUGAAAGGGACAAAGAUAAAAGUUCUAAUCGGCGCAUGAUAGAGCCAGCUCGAGAAACUUCUGCAACAAGUGCUAAAAGGCAAAAAAUAGAUCAGGUCCCAACAGCUAGUUUAGAUGCUGAUGAUCCUUUAGAUGAUGAGGAUUCAGACUCUGACAGUGAUGAGGACGAUACUGCUGCCCUUUUGGCUGAAUUGCAACGCAUUAAGAAAGAAAGAGCAGCUGAACAAGCUAAGAAGGAAAUAGAGAAAAGACAAGAGGAGGAAAGAAUAAGAAUGGAAAAUAUUCUUUCUGGCAAUCCUUUACUAAAUUAUUCAUCCCAGAGUGGUCGGACAGACAUGAAAGUUAAAAGAAGAUGGGAUGACGAUGUUGUGUUCAAGAACUGUGCUCGUUCUGAACCAAAAAAGAAGCAUGAUGUGUUCAUAAAUGAUUCCUUAAGAAGUGAAUUUCACCGUAAAUUUAUGGAAAAAUAUGUUAAGUGAAGAACUACUCUAAGAAAUAUAUUGCGUUUGUACAUAGUUUUAAGUUAGUCCAUAAUUAUAAAAGUUCUGCAUCAGAAGAGGCGUAACAAAGUGUUCUUACAAAAACUAAGUAUGUUAUAGACAAUCUCUCUGCAACAUUAUUCUCUUAAAUCAUCCUCUAUACACGCGUAUGUUCACGCUAACGAAGCGCGUCGUUCGAUUACCAUAUUGUAGUGACCACAAAAUUCGUUUAAUUAAACAGAAAUACUCCAAACUAUGUACCAUCUAAGUAUUCGAAAUAGUAUGAAUUCUCUGAUCCACGGUUUCCUCUCGCGGCGAAUGUUUAAUUACUCGCGUGAUCUCCUUUACACGGGUGUUUUCUCGGCACGCGGCGAGCAGAGCCGUUCUAAUAACUAUACAAAGAAGUCGUUAAGUUCCCCGGUAUGUAAAAAUAAGCGUACAAAUACUCGAAUGAAAGGAGGAAAGAGCGGGAUGAGUAGAAGUGGGGUGAGAUGGAUUGAGGUAACGUGUAUCGGUCCGGUUGGUGUGUAUAUGUGUGACAGGGGAAUGAAUAAGAAAGACAGUUAAAGAACGUGAGCAAGAGAGAAAGGGAAAAAAGGAUAAAGAAGGAGGAGAGCGUGCUGGAGUUUGUCCAGGCAAUGUAGGUACGUGUUUCGGUAGCGACCGGCCUCGGCGGUGGUGGAGCUGGCGGCGGCAAGCGCGUGUAAACCGCUGGGUCAAGUAUAACCGGUCCCAGGGUCCCCGGAGCAGCCGGAGGCAGCAAGCAGUCUACCGGUGCGACGCGCAGCUGGUUAUCGCUGGUAGACUCCCUGGCACCGACCUGGCCAACUAACGCAACAGGGACACACAAGGGGCCGGUCCGGCUCGACGAGGAGAGAAAGAGAGAGAGACGACCGUUCACCGGUAGAUCGCCUCGAGAUGAUUUCUGGGAAGAGAUAUGUCCUAUGUUACGGUACGGCCGAUCGGUACUUUGCGCGUCUGAAUUCGUCAUCCGCUUCUUUUCGAACGUUCAAAUUAGUUACGGGCCGCGAUCCACACCAAUUCA